AAACUCCGAUUGAAUGCGACAUUAAUCGGAUAUUAAUUGAUAGAUUUAUGAAGGUUGAACCGAUGCUCGACGAUCGAAAAGAUAAUUUCACACACACACUGAAAUCUCUGACAUUUCUUCACCCUUCUCUUCUUCUGCUCCGCAUAAAGAAGAAAAGAAGAAGUGAUAAAAUAUGGAGUAAAAUAUUCAACUUGUUUGCUCGUUCACCCGUCUUAUUAUGUUUAUCAUCCUCACAUGCUCCUAAAUUCACUCAUCGUGAUCUGCGUUUUAUCUGGCUGCUCUCCAUUUCAGCUUCUUUGGUAGUUUGAUUUUGUGAUACUCGAAGGUGGUGCGUCCUGUGAUGUUAUUUUCGGAGAGAUCAUAGACUAAAGUCGUCGCUUGCAACUGUAAAAUGGAGAACUAUGAUAUAUUGGAGCAGAUUGGUAAAGGGUCCUUUGGCUCUGCGCUGCUUGUUAGGCAUAGACAAGAGAAGAAGAAGUAUGUUCUGAAGAAAAUCCGCCUUGCUAGACAGACUGAUCGUACCCGCAGAUCUGCCCACCAGGAGAUGGAGCUCAUUUCAAAAGUAAAAAAUCCAUUUAUUGUGGAGUACAAAGAUUCUUGGGUGGAAAGGGGUUGUUAUGUUUGCAUCGUGAUUGGUUACUGUGAGGGAGGAGACGUGGCCGAAGCCAUUAAAAAGAGAAACGGAAUUCAUUUUCCUGAGGAGAAGCUUUGCAAAUGGCUGGUUCAACUGUUAAUGGCACUGGAUUACUUGCACUGCAACCACAUUCUUCAUCGUGAUGUCAAGUGCUCGAAUAUAUUUCUGACAAAAGAUCAAGACAUACGUUUAGGGGAUUUCGGUCUUGCUAAAGUAUUGAUUUCUGAUGAUCUAGCAUCCUCUGUAGUGGGAACGCCUAGUUAUAUGUGCCCCGAGCUUCUUGCUGAUAUACCUUAUGGUUCCAAGUCGGAUAUCUGGUCCUUGGGGUGCUGCCUCUAUGAAAUGGCUGCUCACAAGCCUGCAUUUAAAGCCUUUGAUAUACAAGGUCUCAUCCACAAGAUUAAUAAAUCAAUCGUGUCUCCGCUUCCAACCAUGUAUACCGGCCCAUUCCGUGGGCUAAUCAAGAGUAUGCUUCGGAAAAAUCCAGAGCUGAGACCAAGCGUACAUUCCAAUUCUAUGUUUUUCCUUCCGGCUAUAACGUGCAAGAAUAUUAGGACAUGGUUAUCUGAUUUCCUUGUGCAGGCUGCAGAUUUGCUCCGACAUCCACAUCUCCGGCCAUAUAUCCUCGAUAUCCAUCUCAAGACGAACAACCCUAGGAGGCAUACUUUUCCAGCUCUGCCCUCUGAUGCCAAUUUUUUCAAGAAAACAAGAUUCGUUGAAGCUGAUGCUGUCAAACGAGAGAAAAGGCUGUCAUUUGGAAACAAUAGGGCGUUGAAUCCUAGCAUAUCUGGAAAUGAACUCGACAGUCCUUGCUCUUCGAGAAGAGCACAAAAAACGUUCAGCCAUUUGAAUGAUAAACUGUCCGACCUUUCGAUUGGUAGUGUGGGUGAUGAUAUUGGAGUGCAGAAGUUGGCGAACUCCACCAAGUUCAGUACUAUCAAAACUCCGAGAACGACUUCUGCAAAGGCUUCUUCGAAUCAUAGAAGGCAGUCUAUGACCCCAUCAAGAAUGUCGAACCCUGGGUCUACUCGUGAAUUGCUUCCAGUGUCGCAUACUCCAGCGAGAAAACUGUCCCAACCAGCACGCAGAGAGUCUCUUCCACUGUCUACACGAGCUAAGCCUAGCGUCGGUCUACUUGGUAGUGUAGAUUCCCUGGAUGUCUCCGUCAACGCUCCUCGAAUUGACAAGAUGGUUGACUUUCCGUUGGCAUCUGCGGACGAGUCUCCGCUGCCAAGAAGCCGCCGGAGCUCAUUCUCCUCUGUUCAGUGCUCGUACACCCCGCCAUACAGCAGUGGGCGUUCCAUCACGAAAGACAAGUGCACGGUCCAGAUUCUCGACAGAACCUUUGCUAGGUCAAUCUCCGCUCAAGGCCUGCAGUACAACGGGAGUGAGUGCUCCGAACACAACCCAGUCGGCGGCGGGGUUUCGAGCCGUUCGUCGGCAGAUUCUCGGCAGAGGAGGUUUGACACGACGUCGUACCAGCAGCGAGCAGAAGCCCUGGAGGGGCUGCUCGAGUUCAGCGCGACGCUGUUGCAGCAAGAAAGGUUGGACGAGCUACAAGUCCUGCUGAAGCCGUUCGGGCCGGAGAAGGUGUCGCCACGCGAGACGGCGAUAUGGCUGACCAAGAGCUUCAAGGAGAACGCUGCAUGAUGAAAAGCCAUACGAGAUUAACAACUAACGGCAGGUAGGAACCAACCAUCACAUGGUUGUUAUGGCGUUAAUGUAGGGUUCUUUUUUUGGCAUUAUCAUGAACGUCUUGUUCAUGGGGAUCGAAAAACUAGAGUAGAGAGCAGAUACUAUUAUGUAACAGCUUGUCUUCAUCUUUCUGUUUCUUAAUCAUAGUACUACUAAUAUUCUACUA